AUGGCACCCCUCCUCUUCGUGAGAUCAAACCACUCGCCACCCAAUUGCACCUUAUAUUUUGCAUCCCCACCGCACAUCCCUCUUCCCGAACCCCCUUCCGCUCCCCGGCAUCUCCAUUCCUCCCUCGCCCCCGCUGCCCCCGCCAUCACCACCAUGCGGCGCACGUGCGCCGCCUUCGUGGGCGCGCUAGGCCACCCGAUCCUUGCCCCAUCCUCGCGUGGUCUAGUGUCCACGCGCCCCUGCGCGCUAGUGGCGCGCCGCCCGCUGCGGCGCCCUCAUUCGCUCGCCGCCGCCGCGCGCCCGCGCGCCCGCGUCGUCGCGCUCGCGGCCCAGACCCAGCAGCAGACCGCCUGGAACGUCGUGUCGGUGCUCGAAAACUCCUCCCUCUGGGAGGCCCACCGCUACCUCGUGCUGGACGUCGGCACCACGCUGGAGAAGGGCUCGCUCUGCGACGCCUACCGCGUCCCCGGCAUGUACGUACAGCUCCGCCCGGGCGACGACACCAAGCCGGCCUUCCUCGCCAUUUCGUCCGCCCCGAACGUGCAGGGUGUCUUUGAGUUCUUGAUCAAGGACACCGACGCCACGCGGUGGCUGGCGGAGGUGAAGCCAGGGGACGACGUGCAGGUCUCGCCCGUGGGUGGCAACGGGUUUCCCACCGCGAAGCUCGACUUGCUUAGCUACCCCCCCAUUCCGGAGGAGGACAAGCCGCUCGACUUGCUGCUGUUCGCGACGGGGAGCGGGAUUGCCCCGAUCCGCGCCGUCAUCGAGUCCAUGCUGAACGGGCUCAAUAUUCGGCAGCGCCGCUCCGUCAAGCUGUUUUAUGGCGCGUGGUAUCCGGAGCGCAUGGCCUAUAUGGAUCGCUUCGUCCUGUGGAAGGGCGACGGCGUCGAGGUCAUUCCCGUCAUGUCGCGCCCGGACGAGAGCAAAGAGCCCUGGACCGGGAGGACCGGCUACGUGCAGGAAGCCUUGAAGGAUAUUGGCGUGCCACAUCCGAGGCAGACCGCAGCCUUGCUAUGCGGAAAGAAGGACAUGACCAUAGAAGUCAAGAACUACUUGCUGGAGCAGGGCGUGCCGGAAGAUCGCAUUCUCUUCAACUUUUGAAAUCGGGCUUCAAGCCCUACGAAAGGCAUGCCGCGCCAGGGGGAGCGUAUUCGCCUUGCCGGGGAAAGGGGAGCAUGGGCGUUUGCCAUUGUACAGAACGAAAGCGACCUACUCUUCGAGCCUGGUUUUGACGGGGGUGGAAUGUGUCGCGUCGUAAAUUAAGUUGACGCCCAGACAGAACCACUCACAUUGAUUUAGUUUUCGAGGAACAGAUCGCCACAUGCCUGCAUUCUAACCCUAUAGUUAUCUCGCCGCUUUGACGCAGCCGGUCAAGGUUUGUUGCUCCAAAUCAAAAUCUAUCCGCUAGAGACGUUCCGUUCGUGCCACGGGUGGUACCAUUCAGUACGUAGUGACUGGAUGACAAGUGACCUCAUGCGGGGUUACUUUUCAAUUUAUUGUUUUUGGACUUGUGCUUUCUGGAUGAGAAGGGGAAGGAUACCCUCGCCACCGUACUUGACCUCUGUGUUGCGGAAAGACGGGUUUUCGUGAGAAGUGCGUUUCCUUUCCAGUCAGUCUUAGAAAAGCUUGGCAAAGAAGCUUUUUUAAGCAACCUUGAAUCGUUCUGUAUUGGUAACUUCGAAACCAGAACGCCCGUUUAAAGAGCGCCCGUUUAAAAAGGCAACUGGGUGCUUAAAUCCAUUGGUUU